AUGGCUUCCACCGGGGUAAACGUUCUCCGGUAUUCGGCGUUAGGUGCUGGUAUCUUCUAUGGAAUUUACCACCAGUCCAAGCUCUCUGCUGCAUCGAAAUUGGCAGCUAUCAACAGAGAAUAUGAGCACAAGCAGAAUUUGAUCAACCAGGCGAAGGCAGAGUUCUCGAAGAAGAACGCACCUGCGACCGCGAAGACAGAGAGUGGAGGCAUUAUCAGCGAUCCCAACGACUCACGAUUUGAUCUGGAGGCAUACUUGAUACAUCUUGAUGCGAAGUCCUCGUAA